UGUUCAGAACUUUCAGCGGUUGUGGACGUUUCUCGUUCGUUGCUCUCCACACAAUUUUCACCUCUUGAGCCAGUUCUGAGGUGAUUUCAGUGGCUUUUCGCGUGUUUUCCAUGGACUAAGAGCCGCCACAAGUAUUCCAAAUCACUCGAAGAAGUAUUAAUUGUGUUUUAAAGUGAUUGCGAUUAGAUUAUCGGCGAAUGAACGUCCAGAGAAUUGAUCUAAUGUUUUCAAAUACAUUUCUUCACUCUCCAAUGAAUUGAAGACACGGGAAAGUGUGAUAAUAGACUCAGUGGAGUUUUCCGUGUGCCGUGCGAGAGUUUAUUGAAAGUUUCGGGGAAAAAUCUAUCCAUCUUUCGUCUCUAACUUGAUACCCAGAAGACUUCCACACCAAAUAUUUAUUCAUUUUGUUAUUUAUGACAUGAAAACAUAUGUAAGAAGUUGAGGAUUAGUGUUUUCUCCCUUCUGGAAGUCUAAUGACUUUGGGUGAGUGCGAGAGAGAUCAUAGAGCGAAGUAAGGAGGAAAAAUGUUAAAGACACACAACAAAUACUCAUAGUUUGGUGCGAAGGGGAGAUAUUUUGUUGGUGUGCAGAGGAAGAAGAGAAAAAACGAUGAACCAUGUGUAAAAAUUCCUCAAUGAAUGCUAAAUAUAAUGAGCAGUUAAAUACAUAAUACACGUUCGACAUUAUUUAUAAAUAACAAUUAGAGGCACUAAAGUUCGUCUCAACAUUGAGAGAUUCUUUCUUUUUUCAACUGUUGGAAAAAAAACUGAGUUUGUUUAGUGGAGAAAUUAGAAGAGAUUCAAGGUGUAUAUUUAGCCAUCAAUCUCAUAUUCCUGGCAUCUUUGAACUCUGAAUAAUACUGUGAGUCGAAUGGACAUACAUUUUCAAUCUCCGCUAUUAAUAACUCUAGUGCAAUUUUGAUAAACAUUCAGCCUGGUCAGGCAUGAUCCCAUGAGCAGCGGCAUCACAGUGGAAUAUUUGAGUGCAAGGAAUAUUUCUCGGUGUGAUUCUUCAGACAAGAAGACCGCAAUGGCGACAUAUAACACAGGGAUGCUAAUGAGAUGUACUUGCGUUCUUCUGCUGCUAAUUUCUUGGCCACAUGCCACACACGCCAAUCCGGACAUCUCGAUGCGCACCUGCGAGCCCAUCCGGAUAGAGCUGUGCCGCGGAAUAGGCUAUAAUGAGACCUCGAUGCCCAAUCUCGUGGGCCACGAGAUCCAGACGGACGCUGACUUCACGCUGCAGACCUUCUCGCCGCUGAUCCAGUACGGUUGCAGUGCUCAGCUGCACUUCUUCCUCUGUGCCGCCUACGUGCCCAUGUGCACGCCCAAAGUGCCCGUGCCCAUCGGGCCCUGCCGCGGCCUGUGCGAGACCACCAGAGCCCGCUGCUUGCCGGUGCUGCAGGGCUUCGGAUUUCCCUGGCCCAGUGCCCUGGAGUGCAGCCGCUUCCCCGAAGAGAAUAACCACGAGCACAUGUGCAUGGAGGGGCCAGGAGAGCCCAGCGACGGUCUGCCACCGCCCACAUCUAAGAUCAAGAGCCACGUCUCGAACUGCCAGGAUCUCGUCAAAUCCCACUUGUACGCCAGACUCAAUAGGAGCGGACGCUGCGCUCCACUCUGCGAAGCGGACAUUCUGUUCGACGCCCAGGAGAAGCACUUGGCCGAGGUGUGGGUGACAGCCUGGAGCGUAGCUGCCCUGCUUACGGCAAUCGUGGCCACACUCUGUCUCAUCUUCACGGACACCAAGUGGGACAAGAUCUUCAUGCCGCUCGUCACGUGCCACUUGCUGGUGGCGGUGGGAUGGAGCGUGCGUUGGCUGGCCAAGAGGAAUCCCACGGCCUGCGGAUACGAUCCCCAACUGCCAGGAGUGUCGCUGCUCCUCACCGAUGGCCUGUCCAACGCUCCGUGCGCCGGAACCUUCCUACUGCGCUACUACUUCGGAAUGGCGGCUGGAGUUUGGUGGGCCAUCCUCUGCUUCUACUGGCACUUGGCCGUGCGAAGGACACGAAUGGAGAACCUCACCGAACGUCCUGGCCAGCCGAAAUUCCGCACUGAUUCCUACUCUUCGCUGACUCAGCUCACGGCCUGGGGUGUUCCCGCUCUUCAAACCGUGGCAGUUCUCGUAUCGAGAUUCGUGGAUGCUGAUGAAUUGCUGGGUGCUUGUUACGUUGGCAAUCAGUCGGAUCGCGCGCUGCGUCUCCUCGUGGCGAUGCCAUUGUUCUGCUGCUGGUGUUCCGGCUCCGUGAACCUCUUCGUGGGCUACUUGAUGAGGCGUCGCAAGCCAGACAUCCCGCCUCUGCGCCCCAUGCCUGAGCACAUGGACGGAAUGGGGCGAUUCCUCUUCGUCUACUGCAUCCCCAGCGGACUGCUCAUGAUCGCGGUGUUCUACGAGUUCGCCAACAGGGAUCUCUGGCUCAAUGUGCAACCCUCGAUGGAGCCAACAGCGGCUAUCAAAGCGCCCAUGUGGCCCUUCAUGAUGAAAGCUUUCAUGGAGCUUCUCCUGGGAGUCCUAGCAUCGGCCUGGGCACUCGGACCGCGAGCCGUGACGAUGUGGAAGAAUCACUUCGGCCCGAAGUGCAAGCAAACGCCACAGAAGUUCCAGGCCGCGCAGCCGAUCUACCCUGCUGCAUCCUACCAAAUCGUCUGUCCUCAGAACUCAGUGAUCUCCUCGGCCACAGGAAGCCUGCCGCGUCACGCGAGGAAGUACCCAUCGCACGCGGUGCGGAAGCAGCAGAGAAUGUACAAGACUUCCGUGUCGCAGUCACGCAGCCUGACCGGCAACGAGACAGUCUUCUGACC